CCUGGUAAUUCUGACACGAAAACAGUAGGAACAAGGUGCCCUAGUCACAGUCAUGAAAAUCAUCGUGUGUAUGCUGUUGGGUUUGUCGGUGGCUGAAGCUCUCAACAUCGCCGCCUUCAACAUCAAGAGGCUGAGUGAGAACACCCUAAAAAGCCACGCAGGCAGACUGCAGCAUCUCACACAGAUAUUGAGUCGAUAUGACAUCAUCAGUGUCGAGGAGGUCAUGGACGAAUACGGCCUUGCCGACGUCGUCAGGUCAAUGAACAGCAACGGAGGUGGGCCCUACGCCAUGAUAAAGAGCGUCAAGACUGGGAGGACUUCGUACAAGGAGUAUUACGCCUUUGUAUACAGGACAGACAAGGUUCAGAUCCGGGGGACCUACCAAUACCACGACGUACAUGACUGGUUCGAGAGGGAACCGUUCUCCGCGUUGUUCCAUGCACCGUCGUCACAACUCUCUGACUUUGUAAUCGCUGCCUGUCAUCUGAAGCCAGACCAGGCGAACCCCGAGAUCGGCCACCUCGAGGACGUCUACACUGACAUCUCCAGCCACUACAACAACAUGAAUGUAAUGUUCGAUGGCGACUUUAACGCCGACUGCAGCUACCUGUCAGCGACGGCCCUGCUGCACAACCCCCUCUACAAGGACCACAGGUUCCAGUGGUUGCUGUCCAGCGCUGUAGAUACCACCGCCAGUCACCACACCAACUGUGCUUAUGAUAGGUUCGUGGUUGCUGGGUCAGCGUUCCAGGCGGCCGUCGUCCCAGGGAGCGCCACCGUGUACAACUUUGAGACCGCCCUCCGUCUUACAUUUACUCAGGCUUGGGACGUCAGCGACCAUUACCCGAUCGAGAUGAAGCUUAAAUCAGCUUGAGCAAGGAUAUCGUGUGACCAGGUUUUCUACAAAUGAAAUAAAAAAACAUCUUCUUAA